AUGAUAACUGAGUCGCUGACUUUGGAGCACUGCUGCUUUUCUUUCAACGAAAAUGGAAAUUCGUAUAAAAUGCAAGUCCUUUUAACAAAUAUACAAAUUUCGACCGCGAGCUCAAUAUGGACUCAGCAGAAUGCCACCCAUCGAGUAGCGUCCAAGGUCCCAUCAGUCCCGGUGCUAGGCGAUUUGAGCAACACCAUUUCUUUAUUGUCUUCCCAAAAACGAAAAAGAAAGUUGUCAGAUGACGGUAAAUACGUGGAAGCGUCAUUGCGUCGCCUUUCCGAUGAAGAAGCAGACCGCAAGAUCUUAAACAUAAUGGCCAUAUUUGCGAACGUUAGCAUAAGCGAAAAUCUCGACUACCGCUAUAGUCCAGCACCAGCUUACCAGCAUCAAAUCGCUAGUUGUUCCACGCUUUGUAUUCUUUACUUGACAUAACAUUCCACGCAAUGAUGUUCAUUUUCAACACUAUUUGCAUUUUACUCCACAUUGUUAAUAGAAGACUUAGAAAAUGAGUGGAGGUUUUUGUACGCCGUACUUCCGUUCAUUUGGAGACACCUUUUUUUGAAGUUGGAU